CGCGGUUCCUAAGCAACUAAUUUAGAGUGCAUGUGUUUGUACGUGAAGGAAUUAUCCAAAACAUGUGUCACAAAUUCUCGGUUAUGGAUUAGUAUCCCUUCCAACGAUGUCUAAAUAGGAAUAAUUGUAAUAUAUGUCGAUAUUCGAUGUAAACAUCGCUAGAUAUCGGGAGAACUGGCACGAAGUGAAAAGCAAACACAAGGUUGAAAAGGCAACAUUUGAAAAUGGAAGAGAAAAAGAUGUUUGGCAUAAACGGAAUGGAACAAAACGAUUCAGGAGCCUUAACACCAGAACAACAACAAAAGCUGAAUGAGUUUAAGAUCAAAACAAGAAUUGGAAACGAAAGAUAUUUGAGAGAACAUCCAGAGGUAUCCUGUCUUCUUACAGGAUUUUUAGGGAGUAUCUUGCAAAAAAGACCUGAGAACGUCAGAGAAUUUGCUUCAAAAUACUUUUCAGACCCUGCGUUGCCUAACAGAGUGGAAGCACAGGUGGCCGAAUUAAACAGCAAAUUGAAGAGAGCAAAACCACAAUAAGAAUCAUGUGGUGCACUAAGAAUAAGUUUUGAUAAUCAUUUCUCAUGUGGAAUAGUCUGUGCCCAUGAAAGUGAGAAAUGAUAUGGUGAUAAGUAGCUACUAAUAGUUCAUACUGCAGCCCAGCUGCUUGAAACUUGUGCGCAGAACUUGUGUGCAUAACUUGUGUGCAUAACUUGUGCUUUGUAAAAGAAAAUGAUAAAUAACUUUGUCACAUUUGUCAUGAUUUGGUUUGUUGUACAUUUGCCUUUAUUUAUUUCUUUUUAUUUGUGUUGUUUCUAGGGUUCUUCAUCUGUAAUGAAUGAACAUAAAUCUUGCUUAUUGAGCUUUA